CCCCCGAAUGGCGGAGGAAGAUUGAGGGCGGGCGGAUGCUGUCCGCGAGCAGGAAGCCCGCGCUCUCAUCGUUCGCCACAGAAGCGCACGCUGGCUUCAAAACGAAGUAUCGGAGAGCGAAGCGAGCAGAAGAAACAGCGCCGUCGAAGAAUCCGUGCAGAGGAGCGACGUUGUGAACAUGUCGCUGUCGGCCGCCGCCGCGGUCACGCGCACCAAAGAUGGCGAGCGGGCGCCGCAAGAAGAAGCCACGCUCACCUCCGUCCAGGAGGCUGCGGAGGGUGGGAAAGACGAACGCGAGCUGGCGAGCAGUAGUGCUCCUCUCAAGGCGUGUCCCGCUGAAGAGCUGCCACGCAGGAGUUUCCACAUUCCACGGAAGAACAAAGAGAAACAAGCCCUGUUCCAGUACCUGCCCCCAGAGUCUCGAGAAUUUGAGGACAUCAUGAAGAUCCUUUCCACCUCUUACCUGCAGUCCUCUUCAGCAGGAGCCUUUGUUUACACCAAAGCUCAGCUUGUACAAAAUGAACUUCUGGAAAAGGAUUUUGCAGAGAAGAGGAGGGAGAUGAAACAGAAUGGCCGGACGGAUAGCGAGUUGUUGGAAUCCUAUGGCUUCCUGCUGUUGGAGAGUUACAAGCUACAAGGAGUAUGUAAAAAGGGCCUGUUGGUCAGGCAUGCUCGGACCACGACUCUUGGGGAUCCUGCUAAGGGUGUCUACCUUUCUAGGUACUCCGAUUUACUGCAGAUCAAUCCUUUCAAUGUUGAUGCAGCUGGAGAUAUUAUUAUAUUUAAAGUACUCAAGGGAAAGGUGAAGACUAUCAGCAUGUCCAGAAACAUCUUGGAUCCCACGCCCAACUUUGAUUGUCAUGUGUCAACAAAUGCACACAAAGUGACAUCUUGUCUAUCAUACAGAGCAUUUGAACUCACUCAGCAAUACUUUUAUGAGUACAAGUUUGACGAGAUCAAGGAGCGGCCCAGACACGUACGCCCGCAUGCUGUGGUGUCCUUCAUCUACAAAGGCAAUGCAGCCCUGUCAACCCACAAGCCCAUGCCUCCUCUCAGGUCAAACAGCAGAAACUCUGAAUGCAGCGAAGGACUGACAAGAAAGAGCAUCUACACGGUAUGGACUGGGCAGCUGUUGAAUCAAGGCAAGGUGUUGUGCCAUGUUGCCAUCCGCUCCUUUACCCAACUCUUCCUCCCUUUCAAGCUGCCAGAACAGCUUGAAAUGGAAAAGGCAAUGAAACUAGCUGAGGUAAAAUGGAGGAUCCCAAUAGCUCUGUUGUCCUGGGACACAUAUGUGGACACUGGAAAGGGAUCACAGAAUGGGCUGCAUGGUAGUUUGUUUGAGGUGGUUGAUGUGAGCAAACAUAACAGCAUUUCUAGCCUACUUCUCAUGCUGGAGAAAGAAAAAAUGGUGCUGGUUAAGCCUUUGGAUGACCAAGGUUUCCUCUUCCUUCUCUCAUCAAAGCAACUGACCAAUUCUAACGGAAUUGAGAGAGGAUGGACACAAUCUCUUCUAGCACUCUUUCUAUCCCAGGAAUCAAGAGGAGAGGUGAAGCCAUCAUUAGGAGUGGCUGUGGCAGUGGAAGAUCUGAGACCUGAUGCCAGGAAUCCCAUCAUUCCACAUCUGAAGACCUUUCUCCCUGCUUUGCACUAUGCCUUGUGUACCUUACGUGCUAGUCAUCCUGCGGACCCAGGAGCUGAGGUGGAACGUGAAGCCCGAGCUUAUAUGAUAGGAUGCAGCAAUAAAACCCAUCAGAGCUUCCACCUGGCAGAAUACAAGGAGAACUGUAAAGUGCAAAAAAAGGUUUACUCUUAUUCCAGGAUGAAUCACGACGUAGAAGGCUCAUUGCACUCUUACUUCUACAACCCCAAGUUCUAUCAGCUGGCUGUGGCAGUUGCCAAGGAAAUUGUUGAUGUCGUGCCACCCCCUGUCUGUGAUACCUCGAUGUUGGAUGUCAGGGCCUCAGAAAUCAGGCUUUUCAGUAGGGACGGUGCAAGAACUCGGCAACCCCAGCCAAUGAAUGACCCGGGCAAGAUGAAGGAGCUGUUGAAGCUAAUUCACCUGCGCAAGAGGAAUGUAGCUGAAGAGGAGGGUGAGAGGAAUCUAGUUGGAGACUGUGGGGAUAGGAAGAGGAAAGCCGAGGAUGAGGCAGUUGGACUAGUGAAAAAAUAUCUACGUACAGAAGACAACAGAAGAGAAAGUGGAGGUGAAGAAGGCCACUACCGGGACUGCCUCUCUGCUGUAAUGAGGUGCAUGAGGGUCUAUGACACAGAUCUGAGGCUGCAGGAACCUCAGAGUACAUCAGUUCCCAGCACCCAGACUAUGCUGACAAUGCUGUUUGAUACCUUGCAGCAGGUUAUGGCUCAACACUCAGAAGCCAGUAACAGCCUACAUAACAGUGGUGAAAAUCCUGAAUUAGGUGACGAGACCUUAAGGACUGCUCUUGAACUCGGCUUACCUGUGCACUGUGACAUCGACCUACGAAAUUGGCCUGAUGUGGUCGGACCAGAUGACCUGGAGGAGCAGACUGAUGGCAGUUUGAGCAGCCCGGAUGAGUUUAGUCCCUCCAACAACAAUGAAUUACAAGACGAUCCUGACUUGGCUAAGGUGCCCUGGAAACUGAUCCCAAUCACAGGUAUCAAGCCAUGUCAAUAUUCCUCCUUAAAUGAGGGAAAUCCCUUUGAUCCACGCUUCAUGGCAGUCUCCAGUUCAACUGAGCAUUGUGCUUCCUCUGAAAGAAGAGGUCAUGUCUGCAUGGAGGUUGAUCUGCAAGUUGUCAAUAAUGGCUUGAAUGUCAUUCUCAACAAAGACUGUAACCUAACAGACAGCAUUCCUACUGAAGAACCAAAAAGUAUGAAAACCAUUCCCGUUACAGAACCCAAGAGAGCAGACAUUGUUCUUUCUACAGAGCCCAGGAGAACAGGCAUCACCUCCACUACAGGGCCCAAGCAAACAGAUACGUUUUCUCCAGCAGAGCCCCAGCGAACACACACAGCUCCUCCGGUGGACCCCAAGCGAACGGACAUGGAUCCCCAAACAGAACCCCAGCACACAGAUAUGGCUCCCCCAGGGCAGCUCAAGCAAACACACGCAGCCCCCCCAGUGGAGUCCAAGCGAACAGAGACAGUUCCCCAAACGGAGCCCAAGCGAAACCCCACUAUUCCUCAGGCGAAGCUCAAGCAAAACCGCACUGCUCCCCCAGCGGAGCCCAAGCGGGCGGACACGGUUCUCCCAGCAGAGCCCAAGCGGGCGGACACAGCUUCCCCAGCCAAACCCGAGCAGGCAGAUGACAUUGCUUUUGAAGAAGCCAAAGAUAUUGAGAGUAUUGGUAAAAACCAUCUGAAGAAAGCAGAGACUGUCCCAAGUAAUAACACAACAAACACAGAUGAGUUGGUUAGUCAAGGGCCCAGUAUAGUGGACACUAUCCUCAACGAGGAGUUCAGCAACUUUUCUACUGAGAUACAGAAGCUUUUGAAAGGCGAACAAGUAGAAUACCAUUCUGAAAUGUCAAUGACAUUUCCUCAGGAUCUGCAGUGGCAAGAUGAAGUUGUUUUCUCCGAAUAUGUGUCACACUACACCCACCCCGUUCCCGUGCACAGUUAUAUCAGCACACUUCGGGAUCAUAUGAAUCAGUUGAUAAACUGUCCGUCUGAUCACUGGGAGAAGGCAACAGUCUGUAUCCCACCUCCAUCUUCUGUCUGUGACCAUGCCUCUCUUUCAGCACAUAGUCCUGCCCGAUCUGUUUCCUUCCCCUGUACCUCCCUUAAUUGUACAGCUGAUACCACUCUGCCAACAAGUGAGCCAGUUCACAGUCCACCUCAACAUGCAGUUACCACAGACUUUUACCAACCGCUGUUGAAUUGCAGUCCAGACCUCCAGUCUCCUGUUGUUGACAGCUCAGGACACACACCACUGAACACAAAUGUACCAGUCCCAGAGCCCAUGUCCAAGUCCAUCAACAGUGUGAUUAGCCAGAUCAGGCCUGAUAUGUUCAAUACCCUCCUGGAGAUUAUGAAAGAUGUGCAGAAGAACACGGUGAAGUUUUAUGUCCACUCAAUGGAGGAGAACAGUGUAUGUUCUGAAAUUAAGGACUACUUAAUCCAACUUGGGAACGCAGAGUGCAAACCUCAUGUUUUCCUAGAGAGCAAGAACAGUCUGGACAAGCUACUGAUCAUCAUUCAAAACAAAGAUAUUGCAGCUCACAUUCACACGAUCCCCUUACUACUGUACCUGAAGAAACUUUCCUCCGUCAGCUUUGCUGGAGUAGACAGUCUGGAAGAUGUUAAGAACCAUACAUACAAUGAGCUCUUUGUAUCUGGUGGCUUCAUUGUUUCGGACGAAUUUGUUCUUAACCCAGAUUUCAUCACUCAAAACAGGCUACAACUUUUACUAACAUUUUUAGAGGAAAAGAACUGUGCAAAUACCCACUGGUGCUGGAAGGUACACUGCAAAACCCACAAGAAACUGAAGGAGUUGGCCAGGGUGAAUAAUGAGGCUUUGGGUCUGUUGAAUCUGCUGUCCACCUACCAGAGGAGGCAUGUGGUGGAGUUUCUUCCAUACCACGAGUGUGACUGUGGAACUCGGCAGGCCCCUGAUCUUGAAUGCCUGAUCAAACUGCAGGCCCAGAAUGUCCACUACCGCCAUAUUAUCUUCCUCACUGAGCGACAUUUUGAGAUGUUUCCACACCACUCCAAAAAUGGCAUAAUGAUUGCAAGCAUCAGUAACAUCAUGGACAGCUUACCAGGCUGCACAAGCUCCACUGCAAGCUGUUUAGAGACCCUAGAACCAAAUCCAUCCUGUCCUCUGGUGAUGUUUACAGAGAAAGAAAAGAAUGCUGAGAAGAGAAUGCUGGACUUCACAGAGGGCUCCUCAGGUACAUGCAACCUCAAUGUACCACCAUAUGAAAGAGAAGUAGAGCUCCUGGUUCCACCACCCCCACCACACCAGACAGAUCCAUUUCAGUUGCCCUACGUGGACCAGCUAACUCCAGAGCUUCAGCCUCCAUCCACUGAAAUGCCAAAAGAAUUCACAGCUCUAAAACAGGCAAUCUCAUUCAAAGACUCCCACCAACUGAGAAGACAAUGUCUUGGCUCAGAGUUGGGUGUGACCUUGCCUCAGGGAGAAAAACUGAAAUCCUACCAAAGCUUCCUGCACCCAACCUCAACAUGGCCAGUCCAGUCUCCAUUUGGAGCAGAGAUCUACUCCUCUCUCACUCCAGCUUCCAUUUCUGCUUUUCUUAGCCAUCAGGCUAUGCCAGAUUCCUGCUACUGGACCACAAGGAGAUCAGGCAGCAUAGAAGACUCCACACAACCAAAGAAGACAGGAUGGACCUCUAUCGGCCAGGGGUCACAUGAAGAGCCCAGUCCAAGCUCCUGGAGCUUUGUAAUGGGAGCUGCCAUAGAUAGUGUUGAUUUUCAACCCUCAUCAACUCAGCAGUUUGUAUCAGAAUGGGAAGCUACUUUCAAAGCCAGAAGAUGAGGAAGAAUACAACACAAGCAACGCGUGUGGAGGUCUAGAGCAAGCACUAGAGUCGGGCACAUCCGGUACAGCCGUGCUACAGCUAUAACCGCUUCCUCAGGAAGACAACGUCAUCGAAUUUACGGUGCAGCUUAAAGGCACUGCUAUUUAGAGACUCGAACCAGUAGAAAAAGAAUUCCUCACCAGGAACUUUUGUUCUGUAACUUGAGUUCACUGUUGUGAAUUCUCAGUACUCAUUAUUGUAUUCCAAGCAUUAUUACUUGAAGUGUCUGCAGUUAAGCAUCUAAGAGGUACUAAUGCUACAACUCAAACACAAAGGGAUGCCUCCAAUGAUUUAAAUGUUGCACCAGUUCAUCACUAGGUGCUGUCUCUCUAGUUACAUAGUCAAGAAAAACACACAUCUGUCUUAUUUUUUCACCAACAAAAUUACCCCUGGGUUAAGGAUAAGGUGAGUCUAAAAUUUCACAACGUUGUCACCAUGUCAAAGCUUCAGUUGAAUGCUUUAGCAGGAAGUCAGAUUGCUAAAACAUAUCACAGAGAACGCAGCAGCUUUGGGCAGCAGGGACACUUUAGCGCUGCUGUCAAGGUCUGAUAGUCACAGCAUGGCUAUGGGUGCAGAAUUAAGAGAAGGAAUGAGAAUUCAGAGUGCUAAGGUGCCUUCCGUCAUUUGUGAACCUAUCACUGUAAACUGGUCGUCUUCCUGCAUAGAGAUGGGGUCUCCAGCAAGCCAGUGAAAAUGAACAGCAGAGAUUUUUAGACUUCACUCAACAUCACUUUCCAUGGAUUCAGGACUAUACUAGUCAAAAAGACUGGUAUGCUAGUUUGUGAGCCCACAUCCUAUGAUAACUAUUUAAUGAAAGGGUGUCUUGUUUUGUGCAGGAUAGAUGGCAGGUAACUUACUU